GAUUGGUGGACGGGGCAAACAGGGCGCAGAGACACAACAGAUAUAAAAAAGGUUGCUGCUGUUGGCCGUGAUGUUUGGAUGUGACGCCCUGGACACACCUUUGAACAGGAGUGACACUGAAGCAAGCUUUGGCUUUGAUGACUCUUCAUCUUACAACGAUGGAUUCUUCUACUUUGAGUCAUCUGAAUACAACAGCGAUGACAGUGGAGUGGCAAGCAUCUCAGACAAUUAUGGCCGAUCAUAUGAUGGCCACAAUGGAUAUGUCUAUCCUGACAGCUCUGGAAACAAUGCUGACCACCAUGACAGAACAUUCAAUGAUGACCAGGAAGGAUAUUCCUCCUCUGAGCCCUCUGAAUAUAAUGCUGACCACCGUGACCAAACAUUUGAGGACCAGGAAGGACACUCUUCCUCUGAUUCCUCUGCAUAUAAUGAACCCGAAGAGUCUGGGGGGCUCACUUUUACUGAUGCUUUUGGUGAUGAAGAAAACGACAGACAGCACAACGUACGCCCAAGUUAUGGACAACCCAACAUCUCCAGAGGACCAGAGACAACCUCCCCUUAUGAAGAUGAUGAAGGAAGUGCUACUGCAUUGGGCUCUGACUAUAACAGCACACAGUCCUACGACCAGGGAGGGCCAGGGAUCACUCAACCUGAGCAACAAGAAAAUAACGGUAACAAAUGA